ACGCGCCGCGGCAGCCAUGUUGGACGUGGCCAGCACAGUGGCCGGCACCAGGGGGUUAUCAAAGCCGCUGUCAGCGAUGCUGGGGUCCCUGGUGUUAAAGAGAACAACGCCAGCGCCGCGACUCCUCCAGCUGCUUAGGUCCCAAACGCUCCAGAGCCGUGGAGGUGCCUCCGGCGGGAGUGUUACUACCGGGGGUCGCGGGGAGCCGCAGUGGCUGAGGGCGGCCGUCGGGGGGCGCCCUGGAACAUAUCCGGCCUUGCUCACCGGAGGGGCAGCCACCGGGGGGCGCCAAAAAGGACACACCGAGACCCAGUGCCUCGCAGCCGCCACAUGGGGACGCCUUCCUUUUCCUGAAGAAGCACUCCCGGAGCAGGACACCUGGAGCGCGGUACUCGGCAGGACUGGAAUGGGAAUGUGGGCUCUGGCUACGGCUCUCGUGGUUCAGUGUUACAGCAAGAGCCCAUCCAACAAGGAUGCAGCCCUGAUGGAAGCUGCUCGUGCCAACAAUGUCCCAGAAGUCAGCAGGCUGUUGUCAGAAGGUGCAGAUGUCAAUGCACGGCACAAACUUGGCUGGACAGCACUUAUGGUGGCAGCCAUCAACCGAAACAGCAGCGUGGUGCAGGUCCUGCUUGCUGCUGGUGCUGACCCAAACCUCGGGGAUGAUUUCAGCAGUGUUUACAAGACUGCCAAGGAGCAGGGAAUCCAUUCUUUGGAAGUCCUGGUUACCCGAGAGGAUGACUUCAACAAUCGGCUGAACAACCGCGCCAGCUUCAAGGGCUGCACAGCCCUGCAUUACGCCGUCCUUGCCGACGACUACCGCACUGUCAAGGAGCUGCUUGAUGGAGGAGCCAGCCCCCUGCAGAGGAAUGAAAUGGGACACACACCCUUGGAUUAUGCCCGAGAGGGGGAGGUGAUGAAGCUUCUAAAGACUACUGAGGCCAAGUACCAGGAGAAGCAGCGGAAGUGGGAGGCCGAGGAGCGGCGCCGCUUUCCCCUGGAGCAGCGGCUCAAGGAGCACAUCAUUGGCCAGGAGAAUGCUAUCGCCACAGUGGGUGCUGCAAUCCGGAGGAAGGAGAAUGGCUGGUAUGACGAAGAACACCCUCUGGUCUUCCUGUUCUUGGGAUCAUCUGGAAUAGGUAAAACAGAGCUGGCCAAGCAGACUGCCAAGUAUAUGCACAAAGAUGCUAAAAAGGGCUUCAUCAGGCUGGACAUGUCUGAGUUCCAGGAGAGGCAUGAGGUGGCCAAGUUUAUUGGGUCCCCUCCAGGCUACAUUGGCCACGAGGAGGGUGGCCAGCUGACCAAGAAGCUGAAGCAGUGCCCCAAUGCAGUGGUGCUCUUCGAUGAGGUGGAUAAGGCCCAUCCAGAUGUCCUCACCGUCAUGCUGCAGCUGUUUGAUGAGGGCCGACUGACAGACGGAAAAGGGAAGACCAUCGACUGCAAGGACGCCAUCUUCAUCAUGACCUCCAAUGUGGCCAGUGACGAGAUUGCACAGCACGCCCUACAGCUGAGGCAGGAAGCGCUGGAGAUGAGCCAUAACCGUAUUGCCGAGAACCUUGGGGAUGUCCAGAUCAGUGACAAAAUCACCAUUUCAAAGAACUUCAAGGAGAAUGUCAUUCGCCCCAUCCUUAAAGCUCACUUCCGGAGGGAUGAGUUUCUGGGACGAAUCAACGAGAUCGUCUACUUCCUCCCCUUCUGCCACGCGGAGCUCAUCCAGCUGGUCAACAAAGAACUGAACUUCUGGGCCAAGAGAGCCAAGCAAAGGCACAACAUCACCCUGCUGUGGGACCGCGAGGUGGCAGAUGUGUUGGUUGACGGCUACAAUGUGCACUAUGGCGCCCGCUCCAUCAAGCAUGAGGUGGAACGCCGCGUGGUGAACCAGCUGGCAGCUGCCUAUGAACAGGACCUGCUGCCUGGGGGCUGUACUCUGCGCAUUACCGUGGAUGACUCAGACAAGCAGCUACUCAAAAGCCCUGAACUGCCCUUGCUGCAGGCUGAGAAGCGUGCACCCAAGCUGCGGCUGGAGAUCGUCGAUAAGGACAGCAAGACCCGCAAGCUGGACAUUCAGGCACCACUACACCCUAAAAAGGUGUGCCACACCCUCUAGCUUCUACCUACCUGCCCAUACCUGCCCUCAGUAUCCAAUAAAGGCCCUGUGGCUGUGGCACGGCAACUGA